AUGGUAGUCAUGAAGCGUCAUGCUUACCAGGAGGAUGGCCCCUCCGCUCAUCAAGACUUGUCUAUCGACGAUAGAGACAUGCAACGCAUGGCGCUACCUUCAGAGCUUCGCANNUCCAGUCAAGGCGGCCUUACCAAUGGUGGUUCUGGAGGUGUGAUCUGGAUCUUCCUGGCCGUGAUGAUUGGAAUGUUCACCGUCGUGCUCUCCAUGGCUGAAAUGGCAUCAAUGUAUGUGGUCAGAUCGAUGCUCUUUCGCGACCGAACUGACGGGCUACAGANNGCACCAAGUGCGGCUGGACAGUACAUGUGGGUUUCAGAGCUGGGCCCUCCAGGAGCGCAGCGAUUGUUGAGCUACUUUGUUGCCAUCGGUUGGCAGGGCGCUGCUGCUAGCAACCCUCUUGUUCUUGCUCAACAUGUUGAAGCCCUCGUCGCCUUGAAUAACCCAACGUUCGAAAUCAAAGGCUGGAUGACGAGUCUUCUCAUGAUUGCUUGUGCUGCUCUCGCAACCUGCGUCAACAUUUACGGCAUCCGCUUCUUGUCGUCUCUGGAGGCAGUGAUGCUCGCGCUGCAUGUCGUGGGAUUCUUCGCAGUCCUCAUUCCGUUGUGGCUCAUGGGUGAGCGAAGCAGUACUCAUGAUGUCUUCUUCACAUUUGAAGACAACGCCGGAUGGGGAAAUGUCGGUACUGCUUGUCUCGUAGGCCUUCUCGGGCCAAUCAUGACCCUUAUCGGAGGUGACUCGACAGUACAUCUCGGUGAGGAGAUUCGAGAUGCCUCAAGAACCUUGCCUUUGUCGAUGGUGUUCACCUCUUUGAUGAACUACGCUGUUGGCUUCAUCAUGACAAUCACCGUCAUGUACGUCUCCUCGACGUUUGACCAGACGAUUGCCGAUGCGACUGGCGAGUCUUAUGUGGCGGUGAUCUACGCUGCUACCGGAUCGAAGACGGCGACGACGAUUCUUACCGUGCUCAUCUUGAUUUUGUUCUUCUGCACUGCCAUCAACACAGUCACAACUUCAUCGCGCCAGCUGUUUGCAUUCGCUCGAGACGGUGGUCUGCCAUUCUCAAACACUUUGGCAAAAGUUGAUCCUAGGACUGGACUGCCAAUCAAUGCGCUUCUCACAACGUUCGGUGUUACCUUCGUAUUGUCUUGGAUCAUUUGUGGGUCGAGCAUCGCUUUCCAGAACAUAACCUCGAUCACCAUUGUUGGGCUCUUACUUUCUUACGGCACAACCAUUGCGACCAUGAUUUACCGACGCUGGAGCGGUGUUCCGCUACCUGCAGCUCGAUGGAGGUAUCCGCAGGCCUUUGGCUACCUUGUCAAUGUGUUAGCAUUGUGUUUUGUCACGAUCGCGUUCAUCUUUGCAUACUUCCCAACUGCACCAGGUCCUUCUGCAGAUUCGAUGAACUGGAGUGUGGUCGUCACUCUGGCAGUCGUGAUUGUAGCAACAGUUUACUAUGUCGUUCGCGGAUCAAGCACCUUCGAGGGACCGGCCGUCAGGAUGAAGAAAGCUGAGGAUGACAGCAUGGUCGCCAUGGAGGACAUCGUAGUUCACGGCAAGCAAUGA